GGCUGGUCUACAUCUGGUCAAAAGCCUUAGUACACGGAAGAUGACGCCUGGCUCCGGAAUGGAGCCCCAAUGGUAAUGCAAAAAUCGCUCUCGUUCUAUGUAAUGAAGCUGGUAAACGCGGCGCCUAUGCUCCAGGAAUCAAUGCUCGCUAUGUCGAUCUUCAUCCUCGCCCGUUACUGCUUCCAGAACAAACUUCUCCAGUUCCAACUCAAAGCAGGCUUCGCCACUAGCUCCUCCUUGAACACCGUAGCCGGAGCGACAGUCGCCUCGCCAGUGACCGUCGCAGUCACAGGCACAGCUCCCGCUCCAGCCACCACCUCUUUCGCAGAAGUGAUCGGAGGCAAAAGUAUCGAAGCCCUAGCCUUCUCCGCAAUUCGUCUCCCCAAAUCCCCACUAUCUCUUGCCCGCUCCGCCGGCCAAAACGUCCACAUCGCCAACCCAGUCGCCGCGCCCACAGACAACAGUAUCAGAAAACCAGCCGACCUCAUCUCCUCCCUCAUCCUCUGCCUCUCUUUCUUCAGAGCCGCAACAUGCUCAGCCAACAAACGUGAAGCCCUCACCUCUCUCUUCCUCGCCCGCUCCACCAACCUCGCCAUUCGACUCCUCUGUCUCCUCGUAUCGGCCAGAAGUGCUCUUCCCACAGCAAGUGCCCUCGAAUCCCAAGCAGGCCCAACAUUCUCCCGUCUGAAAGCCGUGCUUGUUGCCGGACCUGCCGUCUUCGUCUCGCCACGCGUCGGAGGAGUGUUCUGCAACAACCUCUCAAUCGGCACGGGAUACGGAUCGAUCUCGCUCGUCUUGAUCAAUUUCAAAUUCGGACUAUGUUCGAAUCGUUGGAGCUUCGAGAUCUUGUUGAAGUGUUGCGUCUCUCGCGAGUUCGAGAGAGCACCGAGCUGGAACAGAAUGCUAGCUCGCGAGCUGGAGGUCGUGGAGAAGGCUCGAGUGGCAUUUUGGCGAGAAGUGGCUAGCGUGGAGCUGAAUAAGGUGCCUGCCAUGAUUGCUGGUGUGUCUAUGAAGGUCAAGAAGGCAAGCACGAGAGAGGGCAGAGGGAAUGAGGUCGGUGUAUGCAAGGCACGUCGUGAGCGCCUUAUCGCCAGAGACGCGGGGUAGACUUGAGGCGUGAUCGUCAACGUCGGCCGGAAUAACAUAUGUCCCGGCGCAUAUGCCUAUGUUGCGCUACUGGCAACCACUUACUCCUCGGUAGUUGAAGUGCUUGCUACUCGAUACUGUAAGAUCAAAUCAGGAUCUCCAAACCAGCUGGCGGGUUCUGAGCGCUGAAGCGCGUCCACAUCGUGUGCCUGGAUUCCUCGAAGGAAGACUUGGGACUUGAGAGAACACCAGAAUCCUGACCAGACAGCCGUCCUAUGUUGAGGAGGGAGUCCGCGACAUCAGUCAAAGAUCCUGCCCGUCCUCCAGUGUCCGGCAACUUCUUGGGCUCAGUCUUUCUGAUGGCUUCAUGUC